CGCCGUUUCCUCUCGGGCUGCCGGCGAGGGAAGCCGCGGGGAGGGGGCACAAGGGCUGCUCGUCCCACCGGGUUAUUUUUUCCGGUCGGUGCUCCAAAGGGGGAGGUGGGAAGAGCCAAAGGCGGCCGUACCCCCUUCCCACCCCCUCCCUCCCUCCACUGCAGCACAUGGGAAGCAAAAGUUUUCCUCCUCCUCCUCCUGCUGUCUCCCUGCCGCCGGUUCCCCUCCUCCCGGGCCGGUCCCCCGGUGCCGUUGGCAGCUGGAGGAUGCUGCUGCCGGCUUCGCGCCCGCUGCUCCCGGCCGCCGCUGCCGAGCUGCGCUCCCCUGCCAUGGGCGACCAGGAAUAAAAACGCUGCCGGAGCGUUUUCCGCUUCUCCGAAGGCUGGAAAAAGAAGCCAAGGGGAGACUUUGAUCGCAUCGCGCAGAGGCAUCUGCGAAUUUGCCGGGGGAAAGGGGCUGCGGGUGCAAAAAGACCCCGAUGCUUUAACGAGGAGGGAGAGGCAGCGCUCCAGCGUUUCGCUUCGGCCCCAUCAUGGGCACUGGGAUGUGCUCCAGGAGGCAGAAGGGGCUCCUGCAGACCGGCUUCUGCCUGGUGACUGUGGCAUGCUUGGGCUCCGGAGUUUUCCUCUACAACCACUUGCAGCAGAAGGUGAGGAACGCUGAAGCCCUGGCCCAGAAAUACAAACAGCAGCAGGAAGCUCUGUCUGCCCAGCUCCAAGUCGUGUACGAGCACAGAUCUCGGCUGGAACGGUCCCUGCAGAAGGAGCGAGGGGAGCACAAGAAGACAAAGGAAGAUUUUUUAGUGUACAAGUUAGAAGCUCAGGAAGCCCUCAACAAGGAGAAGCAAGAUUCUAUGAACAGAUACGGAGCACUCAGUUCCCAGCACAAGAUACUGAAGAAUCAGCAUGAAGAUGUCAAGAAGCAGCUGCUUGACCUGCAGCUGCAGCACAACAGCUUGAAACUGGAACAUCGUAAGGCACUGGAGACCCACAGCCAGAAAUAUGCCCAACUGCAGCAGGAGAAGGACACUGAAGUCACAAGCUUGCAGGACACAGUCUAUAAACUCAGAGAAGAGAGCAAGCUUCUCCGCAAGGCUCACCAGGAAGUCCACUCUCAGCUCCUUAACGCCCAGGCCCAGAUGGAAGAGUUCAGGCAGCUCAAGGAAGCUCUACAGAAGAUGCCCAGUUUCAAAGCAGGAGGAGCUGGGAAGGGGCAGCAGCAGUUUCAGGUGCUGAAGGAGCAGCCUGUGGUGCCAGCCAACAGCCAGUUGCAGCUCGUGAGGCAGAAGGCUUUUCCAGCCAGUCAGGAGAAUCGCCCCGCCGGGAACCCGCUGGCAUCACAAGUCUCUGGGGUUCAGAAGCAGGCAGAUGGCUCUCUGCUGCAGGGCCAGAGCUCCUACAGGAAUGAUGGCCCCAGGCCACAGGCUAACGUGCUCUUUACCCAUCCAGCUCCACUGCAAGAUGCCAACUCCCUGCCAGAUGCUGUGCCAGCCUGGCCAGCGCGGCACGGGGACGGCCACGUCGUCCGAUUCACCCGGACCAUGAACAGCCUUCCCAACGGGAACCCAGAUGUGAAGAUGGUGAUGCGCAUCCAGGUGAAGAGCCAUGAGGAAAGCCAAGCUCCUGGGCUGUCCCUCUCUGAUCCAAAACAACCCUCUGCAGCAGAAAAACCUCAGGGGCCAGACAGCCACCACUCCACAGGGAACAGACAGGGGCAAAUGCAAAGCUGGAAAGACAUAGUUAACAAAGUGAAUGCUCAGAUGGAUGAAGAACAAGUGCACAGCUACCCCAAGAGCCUUCAGUUUGAUCCCAAGCCUGGGCAAGAGAUGCAGAAAGGCAGCCCACAGCCACCCAGCGAGAAGAGAGGGGAAGAGCAUCAAGGAGCUGGUCAGGAAGACAAGAAGGAAAGGACAGAUGAUGAGGAGCUUGAGAUGGAUGCAGGAGUGAUUGAGAGAGAGGAGAACCUGCACUCUCAGAAGGAGGCUGCUGUGCAGGAACCCAUGAUGCCAGAUGAUGCUGCAGAUCCAGCCCAGGAUCCCAAUAACCAAGGGGAGGAUGAGUUUGAGGAAGCUGAGCUGGAGAGACCUGACUUUGAAGAGAAAGUGGGAGGUCUGGAGAAGUUCAAGGAGCCCAGUGUGAAAGAAGAGCCUAAGGAGAAGCCACUGAAGGAUGCUGGCAGACCUGCCAAGCCCAGGGAAGAGCAAAUGGAUGACUAUCAAGAAGAUCAGGAGCAGGAAAUUGUACGACACCAAGGAGGAUCAUGGAGGUGAGGUGGAUGACAAUGAUGACCUGGAACUUGUCCAAGACCAGAAGGACCAUGCAGGAGUACAGAGAGCUGAUGGCAAGAAGGAGGACUACUACUGAAAGAUGCUGAAGGCAAACGGAAUACACUAGGAGAGAGAGGAUUGGAAUUCCUCCUGGGAACUGUCUCCUGUAUUAAACACUGCCCAGAAGAGACAAAGGCAGGAGGAGAUAAUGCUCUGCACAGGCACUGAGCAGGGAGCUUGCAGAUGUGCUUCACACCCACGUGGCUGAGGCCAUUGCUGCCUCUCGGGUCAAUAGCAUGGAAGUGCUCUCAGACUGUAGGAAUGAUUUUUAUCCUGCUGCUUCUCUUAGAAGCACUUUUUGAUUGAUUGUGUUCUUCACCCUCUUGUUUCCCCUGCCCCCUCCCAAGCUGGAGAGCUUUUCUUUUUUUAGUUGGUUUUUGUUUUCAACCCUCUGGGCAGCAGAGGUGUGCCUGAACUGGUCCCUGGACUCCCUCGACUGGUUGCUAAUACAAAGGAAUCUGUCUUCAUAAAACAUUUUGCUCAGGAGUGUUUCUUGAGUGGCCAGGCAGUGGAACAGGCUGCCCAGGGAGGUGGUGGAGUCCCCAUCCCUGGAGGUGUUCAA